UGGAAGGGGGGGCGGGGCCCGCGGCCGCCCUUUCCGCUGCCGGGGCUGGGCUGCGUGCGCGGACGCGGCGAUGGGGUCGCCCCGGGUUUGAUGGUUUGACAGGUGCCCGACUGCCAGGCAGCUCCUUCCCCAAAAAAGCAUGUUCGCCAAAAGCAAAGGUUCGGCGGUGCCCUCGGACGGGCAAGCUCGAGAAAAGUUGGCUCUGUACGUGUACGAAUAUCUGCUUCAUGUCGGGGCACAGAAAUCCGCACAGACCUUCCUCUCAGAGAUACGAUGGGAGAAAAAUAUCACAUUAGGGGAACCUCCUGGGUUUUUACACUCCUGGUGGUGUGUAUUUUGGGACCUUUACUGUGCAGCUCCAGAAAGGCGAGACACGUGUGAACAUUCAAGUGAAGCGAAAGCCUUCCAUGAUUAUGUGAGUUUCAAAAAUUCCUGUGAAUAAUUGUAGGCUCUCAAU